UUUGGAGUGAGUAUUACAGCCUUCCCUCUAAAGUGGCUUUAAAGCUGUAUGAGGGCUUGCUGCUGUGAUGUUAGUAUCCAGCAUUCUGCACUGCACUGCAGUUCUGAUUUUCCAGUUGUGGGGUGUGCAAACCUUCUCCCCAGUCCUUACCUGUCCAGAUCGCUGUGUCUGUGAAAAGACUUUACUGGUCAACUGUACCUCAUUGGACCUAUCCAAGGCCCCCUCACAUAUCCCAGCAACGACCACUGCCCUGGAUCUAUCGCACAAUGUCUUGCAUUCUCUGGCUUCUCUUGGGACAGGGCAUGUGCCUUUACAGGGGCUUCAGUAUCUGUGGCUGGGAAAUAAUUCACUCGAGAGCUUAUCCAUGUGUUCGAGAGGGAUUGUGGGCACUAGUUCCCUGAUCAGAAGAACACAAAGAUGUGUUCCAUGGGCACCUCAUCUACAGUCACUGUCUGCUGACAGAAACCAGCUAAAAUUUAUGCCAAGAGGUCUGAGCAAUAUUAAAUUCCUAAAAGUUCUUCAGCUCUCCUACAACAGAAUCUCUGAGAUUGGCCCUGCUGACUUGGCUGGUUGUACUCAUUUGACUGAGCUUCACCUUCAUCAUAACCUCAUUAACACCAUCCACCCAGAAGCCUUUAAGGACCUGCAUAAGCUAAAGAUCCUUGAUGUGAGCUAUAACCUGCUGGCUACCAUACCUAUGCCAGCCUAUCUGUCUCUACGGAACCUAAAAGUGUUGGUGGACAUUUCUGGAAAUAGAUGGAGGUGUGAUUGUAACAUGAAUACAAUCAGAAGGUGGCUGGGUUUUGACCACGAACUGGGUAAUCCCACCUGGGAAGUGGUGUGUUUCUCUCCCUUUCAAUAUGCUGGACAGAACCUGAUGGGCUUGAAGGAAUCAGAUCUUGUCUGUCCACAACCUGUAUACAAUAUACCAGGUGUGAAAAAGGAAGUGACCGUGGAUGAGGGGAUGGAACUUAUUCUUUCCUGUAGCACUGGCAGCCAAGAUUUUAUACACACUCGUUGGUGGACACCCCAUGGCCAAAUCUGUGAUGCACAACAAUUCCUUCACAUCAGUAAUACCACAGAGCAUGAUGCAGGACUUUAUGUCUGCAUCUCAGGAUACCAUGAAGAGCACAUGUCCGUUUUCAAUCUACAUGUUCGUAAAAGAGCUCAUGACAAAAGACUGCGACGAGAAGCACAAAUCGGAUUGGUCGAGCUUAACACGGAGGAUAAUGACAAUACACUGAGGAAUGGGCCAGCUGUCCGAGCAGUUCAACAGUCUCAAUUUGAAUUAGCGGUCUGCCUGUCUGUCUUCAUCACAUUCAUUGUGGCCUUUGUCCUUGGUGUUAUAUUAAGACCAUUUCUGGAAAAAUGUUACAAACAAAUCCGAAAUAAGAGGAAAUCUUCUACAUCAGCUUCAAACUCACAGAGUUCCUCAACUAGACAGAGGCCGUAUGUAAACGAAGGCUAUUCGGAUACAGAUGACCAAGAACAAGGAGUGCAUACAGGUCCAAGAGUGACAUUUGGGCAGGUUACAGAAAUACAGGAACAAGGGGGUGUUCCAUAUUAUGUCACUGUAGACGACAGACCAUCUGGAAGCAAUACAGAUGUUUCAGUAUUAUAUGAGAAUGUAGAGAAAACAGGAUCCUUGACAGAGACUAUUGAGGUGCACAAGGAAGUGCCACUAAGAGAGGAAAACAAAGAAAUUACAAGGUACAGAUCUACUGAGAGUCUAAAUUCUGAAAGUAGCAAAGAAAUGCAGUUUGAAUACAUCACAGACCAAGAAGACACCACAGAAUUAGGAGAUGGGAGCAUUUUACCUGGAUCAUCUCUCACAGAUAAACGGCAAGAACUACAGAUGUCUUAUGAGGCAAGAGAGUCAACUGAACAAAACGUAGAUUCACCUACAGUCAGCAUAUAUGAAGAAGAUGAAGCCAGCAUGGACCAUUUGGAUACAAUACCAAGACUUGUAAAUGACCCAUUUCACUUAAAGAUGUCUGAAUCAAAGGAGGAGAGUGUGGAUGAACUGGACCCAGACUUAUGGAAUGACAGUGGAGAGAGUUUUUCAUUCACAGAGAGCUCGCCAAGAUCAAGCAGCCGUGUUUCAGAUGUUGCUGCUCUUGGUUCUCUAGCAAUUCAAGAAGAAAUGUCUGUAGAUGAACUGUCUGAGAGACCAAGCUCCUGUAACUCAAGUAAAAGUGGAGAGAGUGAAGGAGGACCCACAGAAUACACAGUCAACCCAGUAGUUGGUGAAGACUUAGAAGAACACAUUUCCUACACAGAAGAUGACUUUGAUGAUGGUAACUAUGGCAAAAACAGACACUUUGAAAAAUAUGUCCUAACUGAAAAACAGAGUGCAAACAUGGGUGCGCUACCCAGACAAGAUACUAUUACCCUGGACCCAACAGACAUACACAUGACUUAUACUCGAGGGGAUAGUUUUGAUGAUGAGGCAUUUACAGAGUACAAAGAGUCCCUUACCUCAAAUGUUAGCAGUGAUUACGAAGAUGAACCUACACAAUACCAUGUGCAUCCUGUUUACAGGACCAGUCAAAAGUCUACCAGCUUGAUGUCGGAAGACAGAUCACGUACCAGUAGCUAUAGUGAAGAAGAUCAUGACCAAGGAGACUACCCAAGGAAACUUGAGAUAAGAUUAGAACAUAGAGAUCCCAGCACUGAUGCCACACCAGUCAUAAGCCAAGACAGGCUUCUCAAUAUUAACUAUGACAACUCCUCAAGCAGUACAGAUAUAGAGGUCAAGCACAAUAAAGAGAACGAGAGAGGAAUAUUUAAAGGUCUUAGUGGACUCAGUGCACGGCUGUUUAACAGAAGUGGGUCUGAAACAAAUAAAGAUGUCCAGCUAGAACCCAAUACAUUAACCACAAGCAGUAAAGGUAAUGGGGGCUUCCUGGGUAUAUCAUUCAAAAAACAACCAGUGAUACCUUCUGAAAUAGUCAACCCCUCAACAAACGAGGAUAAUUUUUUUGUAACCAUAGGACAAGCCUUCGAUAGACUACCAAAGCUCAAAAAUUCACUUCUGUUCUCAAUUGCUGCACCUAAAACUCCACAUCAACAGAAGUCUACAUCUGUAGAAAAAAGAAUAUCUAAAUCAGAGAGGCCAUUUGAGAGUAUCAUUGGAAAGACUGAGCCAUCCUUGGAUCCACUACCACGAGUAAAGCGAUAUAUUCUUUUUUCACAAAGUAGAUCGUAUCCUCAAAUUAAAACUCCAUCUCAUUCUGCUGAAGAAAUCAUCCCUUAUGAAAUGGUAAACACAGAAUCAAGGAAAAGUACCAUCUCUACAGAAGAUGAAAACAGUGCAAUUACUAAAGGAGAAUUGUUUUUUGAUCAGAUAGAUGCAUCCAUUGAUGACUUUCCGAAAGUAAAAAGUAUACCCAAGGUAAAGAAAGCUCUUCUGUUCACACAAUUCAAGCAGAUGGAAGUCCCACCUCAAUCAGUGACAAAAGCAGAAUACAUUAUGUCCAGUUCCUUAUCUGACAAAGACAGCUUUCCAAAGCAUCAAGACAACUUCUUUAGGCACCUCGGUGUAUCCUUUGAUGAAGUGCCCAAGAUGGGCACAUCUUUAGAAGUACCAAAAGUAAAACGUUAUAUUCAGUUUAUAAAAUCUGAACCUCAAACUCCAACUCAGUCUCCCUCAUCAUCUGCAAUUACAGAAGAGUUCUCGACAAAAAUGCAGUCUACAAGAUCCAAAGUCAGUACGACUUUGCCACUAUCUAGCUCACCUCCAAAGCAGAAAAUGAUGGAUGUAAUAACAGAAUCAAUGAUGAUCAAGACAAAUGUAACACCAGAAACUGUUCGAGAUCAAGUCCUGCAGCAGAUAGGCCCAAGAUCUUACACGUUUACAAAUUCUAAGCAAUAUGAUCAAAAUCAGACACAGUCCCAAGAUGCACCAUCUACAGGGAAAGUGUUUACAGAACCGAAUAAGUUAAGUCAACUUUCUGAGUCGCAGACUAUAUUAGAGUCAAAGUUGUCUGGUUUGAGUGCCUCAUCCAAGAAAGGUGUUUCAAGAAAGCAUCUAGUAUUGGACCCUGCACUUCAGGAUUUAUCCCAAUCCAUCCCUGAUACACCUGCAGCUUUUUCAAAAAAUGAUGAUGCUAGAGAGUAUCUAAGAGACAGCUAUCAGGCUCGUCAAAGGCAGGAACGGAGAAGAUUGUUGUUUCAGCAGAAGAAGAGAGCAAUGGAUGGGUUCAGUUUGAGCUCUGAGUACUUCACGUCUCAGGAAAGUGAUCAAUAA